AAUCCAGGAAACAACCUCCACGUCUCUGGCCUCGCGGCUCGCGUUACGGACCAGGAUCUGGAUGACGCCUUCAAGAAGUUUGGCGUGAUUACCAAAGCGCAAGUCAUGUACGACCCUCACUCGCGCGAGCCUCGCGGCUUCGGCUUCGUGACCUUUGAGACUUCCGACGAGGCAGAGGCCGCCAUCAGCGCCAUGGACGGAAUGGAGCUCAUGGGACGCAACCUCAAGGUUCAGCGG